UGCGGAACAAACGGAUACUGGAAAUGGAGCCACAGUGGAGUCCUGGAAAAUGGGAAGCUGACAACUAGGUACCUGUGACGUUUGAUUAGUUGUCAUCGUAUUUCAUUAAGACACUUAGAUUUAGAUUUUUUUUUUUUUUGGACUUUUCUGAAUAUUUUCCGUACAGGCCGUCUGAUUGCACUUGAAGACUCCGGGGAAUCUUUUCAGAGCAGUGUCGUGGAACUCCAUCACAUCACUGGAGAUGGGAUCAAAUCUAAAGAAGUUCUUCAUGCACUUUUGCUGCUGCUGCUUUGACGACGACGACAAUGAAGAUGAAAAACAACCUUUAGUACCUCAGGAUCCGUUGGAGUAUUUUAAUCGCGAAGUGCAGAAGCGUCGUGAGGAGGAGGCCAACUUGUGGAGUGAGCCCAGAGACCCGAGUCACUCAGGGAGGGAUGACGACCGGGCCCUUUACACCCUGAUCCAGGCCAGGAGCAAAACCCGCAUGGGAUCUACGGGUUACCGCCGUCUGAGUGUUGACAUCGAAGCAAUGAGAGAUACACGCCGGGAAGUCAGAGACAAAUGGAAGACGAUCCUGGAGAACCUCGGUUUCAUGGUGGAAGCCGACAUGCUGUUGACCGUGUCUGCUGGAGCCUCCCAGGACCGCAUGCACAACGCACCGGCAGCACGCACCCUGCUCCAGACGCUACACUCAGAGACAUCCAUCUUCAACAGCAGAGAACCACCACCUGAAAGAUACCUCUUCAUUCUGGACCGUCUCCUCUACUUAGACAUAGCUGAGGAUUUUGUAACGAAGGCCAGACGCUUCUAUCCUCCGAAAGACGAUUCUGACGAGGAGACGCCGGGGCUCUCCAUAAACCUGCCGCUGCUGCUGGCCCGGGUGGAGGCCAUGAACAGACGAGAUGAUGACGACGAAGACAAAGAGAGUGGAAGAGAAGAUGGAAACAUGAGCGACAGAUCAUAAGGUCCCCUGAACUGCAGUACCCGCAGGCACAGAACAGGGGGCACCAGGCAUCAACACUGAGACUUGGGUGAAGCAGUCUUGUAGCUUUUUUGUGCUGGAGCUUUAGUCUGAACACUUUCUCCUUUUAUCUCCCAAGUGCACACAAUGAAUCUUGUUCUGUUUUCAUAUCUGAUGGUCAAUGCCAGACUGAAAACCAGCUGUUUGUGGCCCUGCAGGGUAACAGUGUUCCUUUGAGCAGAGAGCAGAGACUUUUUUUAUUAUGCUUUGUCCUGUGAUCACCAGUGAUUCAUUCAAUCACAUGAUCGGCAAAUAUAUGAAAAACAACAACAAAAUCUGUGAAAGUUCCUCAAGCAUGUGUGAAUAUUUGGCUUCAGACUCAGCAGUGGGUAAACAGUGAACGUUUGAAAUGAAUGUGCACGGGGACUUUUGUGUGUGUACUUGUGUUGAAAACCUGUUGACAGUCUGUGUAUGUGCUUUGAUGUGUGGUUGAUGAUGGAAUAAAGCUGACUGAAACCA